GCGAUGGCGCGCUGUCAAAUGACUCUCCUCUUCCCGAUCGUCUGCCUCGUCAGCGCUCUCGUUUCAGCCCAAUAUUCAGGUUAUGACUAUGGAUUUGACGUCAAGAAGCGGGUCAAGCGCCAGCUCGGCCAACGUUCGGCCAUGGUCGUGCAGGACAAGACCGGCAGCGAGAUCCAGGUGCGCCAGGAAAUUCGUCAACUUGAGCAGGACCAUGACCUCUGGACCCUGUACAUCCUAGGCUUGAGCAUGCUGCAGUAUACCGACCAGGAAUCUCCCGUGUCUUAUUAUGGACUCGCGGGGAUACACGGAAUGCCUCACCAGACUUGGGGCGGCAUGGGACCAGUCACCGGAAACGAGAAUACCGGGUAUUGUACCCAUUCGUCCGUCCUGUUCCCGACAUGGCACCGGGCAUACAUGGCUCUAUACGAGAUGAUCGCCACGUUCUGGCCCGACAGCGAGAGACAGCGCUACGAGAGUGCCGCCCGCAGGUUCCGCCUCCCUUACUGGGACUGGGCGGCAAGCCCUCCUCCGGGACAAAGCGUUCUCCCUGAGAGCAUCGGAGGAAGUCCAUUUAUUGACGUCAACGGACCGAAUGGCUUGCAGCGGAUCGCGAACCCCUUAUUCAGCUACCAGUUCAACCCUCUCGAUCAGAAGGCUUUUGAGUUCCCCCCCUCACAGUGGAACAUCUGGACUCGAACUCUUAGAAGUCCAUCAAGUGGCGGCCCUGACGCGCAGUCCAACAACACGCUCGUCGCCCUGAACCUCGAUCGGAGCCGCGCCUCCAUCGCUCAGCGCCUCUAUGAUUUAUUUUCGCACAACGAUAACUACACUCUGUUCAGCAACAAUGCCGUGGGGGGACAGGCUGAAUCGGUAGAAUCGCUGCACGACACCAUCCAUAGCUUAGUUGGCGGCGUCGGGCCUAGUCAGUCAGUACCUCAGCCUGGGCACAUGACGUACAUCCAGUGGUCGGCCUUCGAUCCCGUCUUCUUCCUGCAUCACUGCAUGGUUGACCGGAUUUUCGCCUUGUGGCAGGCGAUUCACCCCAACACUUGGGUUCCCUCGUCUCAAGCUCUGCUGGACUCGUACACCAUUCGGAGGGGCCAGUCCAUAGACUCUGGUACAGCACUCACUCCCUUCUUUUCCAACGACAACGGCACAUUCUGGACUUCUGACGGCGUGCGCGACCACACAAGGUUCGGCUAUACGUACGCCGAGUUGCUGCGCGGUCCCGUCACCGGCUCUUCAAACAAUACCCUCUUAGCCGCAUCUCAAAUACGCAUAGUAAAACAGGCCGUAAACCGCAUGUAUGGCUCUUUCAGCCCGGCCUUCUUCUUUCUCGAAGAGCUUCGCAUUCAAGGCGGCGCUGCCGUGGUAGGCGCCGGCUUCCGAAACAACCACAGGAAAACGGCGCCGCUCCAUGGUCUACUGGAAUCCAAAAUCUUUGUUGCGGGGAGCAACGGCAACCGCUACUACGAGUGGAAGGUAGAUGUGUGCGUAGGGCGCAACGGCAGCCAAGGUAUUCUCGGCGGCGACGGAAUUGACGGGUCUUCAAUCAGUUUCUUCCUUGGCGACCUUUCUUCUCUUAACAAUUUGUUGAAUGACACCCAUGUUGGGACCAUGGGCGUGUUUACCUCCGCUCGCUUGUCGCAACAUGAACCGGCUGGUGGGCAUGAUGUGCCUAUCUCAGGGAGCGUGCCUCUGACGGCCGCGCUGGUGAAGAAGAUCUGCGAAGGCGAGCUCGCGGGGUUGGCUUCAGGACAUGUGGUGCCGUACUUGAAGAGAAACCUGAAGAUGGUGAUGCGAGGGACCCAGAGAGAGGUGGUGGCGGGCACAGACGAUAAGAAGAUUUGUGAAACACUCUUGAGUCUUCGGAUCGUUAGCUCGGUGGUUGAGGCGCCGUGGAGCGAGGAUGAAUUGCCGAAAUGGGGAGAGGAAAGAGUAGAGUUUGAUGUGUGCUGA